AUGGACGAAAAGGAAUUACAUCAUCGUCAAAAAAUUACGGAACAGUUUGGCGAUCAACACAACUGGCCAGGAGACCGCUGUAGGGAAGGCGACAAAAGACAAUCACCUAUUGACAUCAAAACAACGGACGUCGUCAAGGAUUUCAACAGCCUCUUCAUCAAAUACGGAAAUCUCAAGUUUGUUGGCUACAACAAAGUAUUGCUGUCGGCGAUUAAUAACGGGCUCACUAUACAGUUCACCACCGAUGGAGACGAAUCGAUCCACCCCACGAUCACUGGAGGCCCCCUCAAAUACAACUACAGACUUGAGCAGAUGCAUUUCCACUGGAUUUCCGAACACUCUUUAAACGGAAUUAAGUUCCCAAUGGAAAUACAUUUCGUUCAUGUUCAAUCGGACCUCUCUGUCGACGAGGCUCUAAUGAAGAGAGACGGCUUAGCAAUCAUAGCUGUGUUUUGUGAAGUACAAGCAGAUUUAGACGACUACGAAAACACUCCUGUCGAUGAAAUAAUUGAGCACCUUCCGAACCUGACGAGUACCGGAGACAGAAUGAGUGGCGUACUACUGGAUAUAAGUAAACUCCUAAGUCCUAAAAACAACAAUUAUUUCACGUACGCUGGAUCUUUAACUUCGCCGGAGUGCAAUGAGGUUGUUAUUUGGAUCAUCUAUCAAUAUCCUAUACGCAUAUCGGAUACGCAGUACCGACAGUUCAGCAAGAUAAGCGCUGGACGUCACAAUUUCCGGAGCCAGCAGCGUUUAUCUCAGCACGUGGUGUUCACUCCGCCAUCAAACCACGUCAACAAACCACACUUAGUGAUGUUUUUCGAAAACGUCGUCAAUUUGGUUGCGGAUUUCUUUAGAAAUGUUACCACGUAA